UGUCGACUGGAGAGAACACAUGCUGAAUGAAUCCUGAAAUUAAAGGAAAAGAUGAACUCGGUGGCACCAAUUAAAGGCUGGAGAUUUCCUUUUUGCCAUCUUUAAACGAUCGAAGGUCUCUGGGGCCAGACAACUGUCUGAUCAAGGUACAAUCUUCAGAAGAAUCUAAGAAUUAUGGGCCUCCUGAAGCUGCUGAAGUCCCAGUUCUUGUGCCACCUGCUCAUCUGCUAUGUGUUCCUGGUCAGCGGCAUCAUCAUCAACCUGCUGCAGAUCGGUACUUCGCCUCUGUGGCUGGUCAGUAAACAGCUGGCACGCAGGAUCAACAUCAGGCUGGGUUACUGCAUCAGCAGCCAGAUGGUGGCCGCCCUGGAUUGGUGGUCUGGGACAGAAUGUACACUUUACACAGACCCAAAGACUUCUCCGCUGUAUGGAAAGGAGAAUGCUAUCGUGGUUCUCAAUCACAGUUACGAUAUUGACUUCCUGUGCGGCUGGGCUUUCUGUGACAGAUUCCGAGUUCUUGGGAGCUCCAAAGUGCUGGCCAAACACGAGUUGAGCUAUGUUCCUGUUAUUGGCUGGAUGUGGUACUUCCUGGAGAUCGUUUUCUGCAAGAGGAAGUGGGAAGAGGACCGAAGGACGGUGGCUCAGAGUCUUCAGAAUUUGCGAGAUUACCCCGAAAACUACUGGUUCUUGCUUUUCUGUGAAGGAACCCGCUUCACACCAAAGAAACACCAGAUCAGCAUGCAGGUGGCUGAGAGCAAAGGUUUACCCAAACUGAAGUAUCACCUUCUGCCCAGGACCAAAGGAUUCUGGGUAACCGUCCAAAACCUCAGAGGCACUGCUGCAGCUGUUUAUGAUUCCACUCUGAACUUCAGAAACAACGAAGUGCCGACCUUGCUUGGAGUGCUUAAUGGGAAGAAAUAUCACGCCGAUUUAUAUGUGAGGAGAAUCCCUCUGGAGUCGGUCCCCGAGGAUGAGGCAGAGUGUUCCUCGUGGCUUCACAAACUCUACCAGGAAAAGGAUAGCUUCCAGCAGCACUACGCACAAACAGAGCGUUUUCCGGGCCCCGCAGUGAGCUCUCCGCGCCGACCGUGGCCCUUGAUCAACUGGCUGUUCUGGGCCUGCUUACUCCUCUACCCACUAGGCCUGCUCCUCGCUCAGCUCACCACCUCUGGAUCGAUGCUGGCCAUCUCAGUCGCUGUAGCUCUCUGCUCUGCAGUUUCACUGGGAGUUCGCUGGAUGAUUGGCCAGACGGAGAUUGACAGAGGUUCAAACUAUGGGAGUAAGGAGUUCCCUCUAAAUAAUAACUGAGUCCUGAUAUUCCGAGAGCUGCUACUUUGCACAGACUAAUCUAUAAACUGCAGGCAACAGGAUGUGUUAGCACUGUCUGACUGGUCUGGUCCAACAGGUUUUAACCUGCUUGCCUUGCACAAUGUAGGGAUCGUAGUUUUAUCUUAACACAAUGGUUCUUUUGCAUGUAAAUACUUGAAUACAGUCAAUUAAAAUCUACCUUCAGUUAAUAUUCAACCAAGUUUAAAAUGGACCACCUCAGCUAUUGUAAUUUAAAGCAUGAAUGGCAUUUUAAUGUUGAAAUAAAUGACACAUUUCACUUUAAAAACAAAGAAACCUUGUUUUAUCAAAAGAAAAUCAUGAUUCUGUAUCGUCAUAAGAUCAGCAUAAGAAACUUGACUUUUGUGUAUCCAGCAAUGUGUUGAACAUAACAUCUAUUAAAAAUUCUCUCAAAGAAAUCAUAUAAAUAUGCAUUAUAUGCACCGUGGCUACUCAAAGCAGUACUUGCAUUUCAGUCAUUGGUUAAGGGACUUCCAUUGUUAAAUAGGGACCUCUGCUGAAAGUCCGGAGCACCACACCUACACAGAGGGUGUUUCCCCAUGGCUGCUGGUCUGUGUGUCCUUACAACGGUUGUGUGGUCAUUAGGGUCCUUUGCUAAUUUUUGUUCUUUAAAAGAAAUGAUAUUAAAUUUGACAUUGAGAUUUGGCAUUUAAUAUUUAGGCCACAUGUGACAAUUUUUGGUUCGAUUUCGAUUUGGUUUCUCAACUUCUUAAUGCUGAAUGGAAUUUGUUAACCUAUAAUUAGUUAUUUUUUUAAUUCAGGGCUUUCUCAAUGCUUUGCCGCUGCUGCUGCAGCUCCGCAGAAGUUCAGUAAUAUUAAAUCCUCUGGAGAAGCUGACAUCGGCAAGAAUAAAUGCUUAUAUGAAUACAUUAUAUACAUCAUGCAAGCUUUUGUUUUGGGUUUUGUUUAUUGAGAUAUUAAUUGGCUAAACAUUUUGCUAGCUUGUGAUACAGACAGUUUUCUUAUAUUUUGCAUUAAAGACAUGCAGAAAAAAAUUACUUGGUAUUGGGAAUUCUUGCACCCUCCAUGAACUACAAGAAGUAGUUCACUGUAUGUAUAUCAGAAUGUGUUUGGUGGAUGAUCAUUAUCAAAAAACUGGGCAAACAAUUACAUUUCAGGAUGAAGCUAUUUUGACAUUAUAGAUGUAAUGUAAUAAACACAUUUUGAUUUGA